GAUGACCACUGAUCUGAUCUGUCGAUCGACACACACGAGUGUGCAUCGGUCGAUAUUACACUCUUUCACGAAUCAAUGCUAACUUACUCGUUUUACUUUUCUUUUCAGAUGAGCACAGAUUCGGACACUGAGAGAGAGAGGAGGACGAAGAGGAGGAGUGAUCCCGCUGGCCCAUCAAACCGCCGGAUACCUCGAGUCCCGAGAGACGACGAGAGGCCCCCAUGGCCACAUGUGGAUAAGACCCCCAUCGCUUACAGGGAGGGUCGCGACUUCUCGGACCCGAGGGCAGUCGUCUCCAGCAGAGAGUGUACCGAUAGAGCACUCACAGAGCAGUGGGACGACUUCGACAGCCUGCACUACAACGCCUGGAUCGAUGUCGACAUCGAGCCUACACGCUUCAUUGACCCGGAGGUCACACACAAGAUGCGGAUCCAGGAUGAUCUGUAUGCGAUGAUCGCUCAGCUCGGGUUGGGCACCAUGGCCACACACGCCUACGACCUCCACGUUCCAUUGGUCCGCCAGUUCAUGGCCUCUGUCCGUCUCACCUACCGCCCUGACGGUCCUAAAGUAGCGGGCGACGGUGUGCUCUCUUUCUUUGCUCGAGGGAAGAGAUAUUCGAUCACCAUCCCCCAGCUCUGCAGCAUUUACGGUUUUGAGGAGGAUUCGUCAUCUUGCAGGUUCUCGCCUCUCCCUGGUGUGAACGACUUCUGGAAGAUCAUAGGCACCGGCAGUUGGAGCGGCUCAGCGACUCAGUCUGACGUUCGUCAUCCGACUCUACGCUACUUCCUACGGGCUAUUGCCAACACUCUGUUGUGCAAGAUGGAGCCCAACAAGGUGCGCCUGCAUGAUCUCUCACUGCUCUUCCCAGCAGUGAACGGACUGGUCGAUCUCUCUCACCUCGACACUGCGGGACUGGUAGUCCCCAACCUUGGAGCUCUCUUCGCCGAACAUCUGAUCUCACUGAAGAAGAAACCCUUCACGGGUUCGGGUAGGAAGAAGGAGAGUGUGGGUAGUCUUCUCACACCGAUCUUUGAGUUAUGUGGUGUCCGUCUGGACAGGAGUACCGCAGACCGCCGCCAUCUCUUCAUGGACGAGCAGCACCUGACGCACUGCGUCUGGCUCAACGAGAGCCUUCUUUGGUUUUUCAGGAUUGACCGCCGCUUCCGUAUGUUUCAGCUCCCGCACGCAUCACUCACUGACUUCGACCAUCAGGUCGACAGGAUCCGGUUCAGGCCCGACGACGAGUUCCUAUUGGAGCUCACCACCGAAUCUCGCCAGGAACCGAUGGAGCGUGGUGUUGGAGGAUCGCAGGCAGCUCCCGCAGCUCCCCUUCCCGACUUCCCAGACAUACCAGACGUCCCGAUGCCUGAGGCAGAUUUUCAGAGGACGGUCAUGAGUGCCCUACGAGCCAUCUGGGCUCGAGUCACGCGACCACCAUGUGCAAACAGGAGGAGUGUCAGAGCAUCAGACCCAGGACCAUCUCACCAGUACCAGCAGGAGGAGGACGAGGAGGCCGCCGACUAGCCUUCUUAGCUCUUCUCUUUAUCUUUCAGACUUUUUAUUUUUAUGUUUAUGUUUCGGA